AUGUCAUCGGCUUCGGAAUUCGAACCUACCCCCGCCUCGGCUGACUCAUCACGGUGGGCCACUGCCCGAGGUGAGCAGUUGAGAAAGAAGAUCGAACAGCGCCCAUCUCGAGAACGUCUCCUCAAUCAGCACAUUUUACUAUCUGAUGGGCGUGUAGCGCCGUUGAUAGAGCAGAGGGCGCGUCUACUACGACAAGAUCGCAUACGUCGGAAUCUUAGUCGAAAACUAGAGGCGCGGCCCGGUCCAUUGGAACUCGUGACUCGUAAAAUCCUUCAAGCAGACGCAGACCUGGAGCAGGCCAUCGAAGCUCAGCUCGCAGUAAUGACUAAUGUGUGGAAAGAGUACGAGGUGCUGCUGCGACUUGCUUGCAAUGCAGAAGGUCGUGUACUGUUCCAGCCGACCAGCGAUCACGUUGAGGAGGAAGAGUGCGAGAUGCCAAGUCCAUUAUCGACAGAUAUGGAGAUAGUUUCACAAGCAGCGAUUCGUGCCCAGAAUAAGCCGAUCAAUGUGCUUUCCAAUAAAGGGAUGAUUCGAAAGAAAUCGACUCCCUACAAGCAAUGUGAUCCGUUACCUCUUCGUGCGAAAACUAAAGCACCGGAUAGUAAAGAGGAUGAUGAGGUGACGGUAAUCGGUGAAGUGAGCUCACCUUCGGAACAGACGACAAAAACUUCCGAACAAAACAACUAUGAAUUGUUACUACAGCAGCAGAAGCUGUUCUUGCAAUGGCAGCAAAACGACGAAAGUCCGGCGCACACGCAAGAUGGCCAAAUGCAAAUGUAUGAUAUGCAACCGUCUAGCCCUACGUCAGCAUCACCACCACCGAAUCACCAGGUAGUCGUCCGACGGCUCAGUGACUACAAAGUUCAAGAAUUGAAAAACGAAUGCAAGAAGAGGCAAUUACCGGUAUCA